AUGAAGGCAGUACUGCAACGAGUGCUCUCAAGCUCAGUCACUGUCAAUGACCAGGUCGUAUCAGCCAUUGGCAAAGGAAUCUUGGUACUGGCGGCGAUCGGGCCCCACGAUUCCAAAAAGGAUGUUGAGUCGAUGGCGUCAAAGAUCCUCAAAAUGAAGUUAUGGCCUGAUGAAAAUGGUGCCAACUGGAAAAAGAGCGUCCAGGACAUUGAAGGCGAAGUCCUAUGCGUGUCUCAAUUCACCCUGUUCGCAUCCACCAAGAAGGGGAACAAGCCAGAUUUCCACGGUGCAGCUAAGCCCGAAGUUGCGCAGGAGUUGUAUAACUACUUCGUGGCUCGGGUCCGUGGUCAGUAUCAAGCUGAAAGAGUCAAGGAUGGAGUGUUCCAAGCAAUGAUGCAAGUCAGCCUUGUCAAUGAUGGACCGGUAACGCUUGAGAUUGACACAAGCCCGGCAAAAAAGGAAUCAGCGACAAGCACCAAAGAACCGACACCCGCAUCGACACCUGCGUCAGAGCCUUCCAGUUGA